UUGGACAGAGUGGAUCACGAUGAGGACUUUUCCCCUGCUUCUGCUGGAGCUUUUGCUGCGUUCCAAAAGAGAUUGGGUUUUGUCUACGAUUGAACUAAGAGAGGAAGAACCUGUCUAUGGGGGAAGAAUCGUUGUUUCACAGAUGUAUAAUGACCAGAAAAAAGAAGAUAAUGUUCAUUCAAAGUUCCAUCUCAGUGGAGCAGGUGUGGAUGAUGGCUUUUUUAGAAUCAAUGAAGAAAACGGAGAGGUUUAUCUCUUAAAAAAAAUUGACAGAGAGAAAACCCCCCAUUUCGAGAUGAAGUUUGAAAUCUUGACGGACGGCGUUGCAAUAGACGAUCCCCUAACUAUAAUUGUAGAUGUAGAGGACAUCAAUGACAAUGCACCUAUUUUUAAGAAUCUUCCCCUGAUUUUCAAUGUAAAGGAGAACACAAAGGGGAUCUUGCCAGUGGUGCUGGACGUUUGUGACGAGGAUCAGGAGGACACGCCUAACUCUAAAGUCACCAUCCGUAUGCUUAAACAGGAACCGGCAGAGCCCACGAUUGAGUUGAAACAGCUCAGUAACAGAAAGGCCCAGCUCACACUUAAAGGAUGUUUUGACUACGAUAGAAUCAAGACAUAUAAAGUUACGGUUGAAGCAAAAGAUCAUGGGAAGGGAUUUUUAUCCUCCACUGCUGUUGUUACUCUCAAUGUUGUUGACACAAACACCCAUCCACCAAAGUUCAAGAAAAAAAAGUUCUAUGGUGAGGUGAACGAAUCACAGCUCAAAAAGAACGUCUUGAGAGUCGAAGUAGAAGACAAAGACACUCGGAACACUCCUGGAUGGCGGGCCAAAUAUUUCUUUGUUGACAAAAAAGAGGAAGAAUUUUUCCAAAUUGAAACUGACCCCAAAACAAAUGAAGGUAUUCUGCACUUCAUUAAGGAAAAACAUUAUGAGAGGACAAUUAAUAUAACCUUGGAGAUCGGAGUAGAGAACGAAGAACCCCUUUUUGUUUGUGCAGACAAAUCAACCGGCAAAGUCACACUUCCACCUAUAGAUAAAAUCAACGUCACAAUAAAAAUGUUUGAAGUCAAUGACGCACCGCAGUUUGAGAAAGAGCAAGUUGAUGUGUACCUAAAGGAAGAGGAGGAGCCGGGGGAGGGGUGGCUCCCUCCAACGCUUGCUGAUCCGGACUUUGACAUAGACAAGAUAAGGUUUGUGCUAACAGAAGAUCCAGCGGGUUGGCUAACCAUUGAUCCGAUUACAGGAAAAGUCACAUCGGUGACGAAAAUGGACAGAGAAUCACCCUUUGUUGAGAAGGGCAUUUACAAAGCAAUCAUCUACGCCAUUGAUGACGGUGAACCUCCAGCCAACAGUACAUGCUCGCUGCUGUUCCACCUGGGGGAUGUCAAUGACAACAAGCCAAAGCUGGCAAGCAAAAGUGUCAUUAUGUGUGGAAACAAGGGCAACAAGGCCAUGGUGCCUGUCAUAGACCCAGAUGAUCCUCCAUACAGUGGGCCCUUUGCCUUUUCUCUGGGAGGUGUUGAUGAAAAUCUGAAGACGCAAUGGAAACUAGACCCUGAUAUUGGUAUGGAAGGCGGCCUUGUUAGCCUGACGCCACUUGCUUAUGGCAACUACUCUGUGCCAGUAGAGAUUGAGGACCAACAGGGAAUGGGCGCACAAGAUACAGUCAAUGUGAUAGUGUGCGACUGUGGAGAAGCAGACGUUUGCCCAGCCAGAGGGCCGCUAUCAACCAGCCUCGGGGCUGCUGGUGUUGGAUCGAUUAUUCUGGGAUUUCUCAUAUUUUUAUUGCUGCUACUCAUCUUUAUAUGUCAGUGUGGACAAGGGGCGAUGACACACAUCACCCUCCCGUACGAUGAAGGCAGCCAGACCCUUAUGAAGUACAACGUAGAAGGAGGCGGCGCUGCAAGCACAGCUAUGCCCACUAUACCCUGGCUAUCUUCAAAUGGUGCAACUGUGACAGACAGCCUGAAACCGGCCAUCGGGCAGGGUUUGUGUGGAUUGUGUGACAAGAAGCUCACUGGGUGA